AUGAAUGCUCUUGGUCGUAGACCCAUCUAUGUCGACCUGGACCCGUGUCAGGGACAAAUAUCAGUUCCAGGAACAAUUGGAGCAGUCAUGGUAGAAAGGCCAGCUGAAGUAAAUGGAAGUUUCUCCCAAGCAGCUCCACUAGUCUAUCAUUAUGGACAUACAAAAAUGGGUAUUAAUUCAACUUUGUACAACACUUUAAUAUCUCGUAUGGCCGAAGUUAUUCACCAACGGAUGUAUGGAAAUCCUAGAAUUAACUGUUCUGGAUUAAUAAUUAAUACGUGCGGUCCGGUAAAAGGUAAAGGUUACCAGAAUUUGACUCACAUUACACUCACUUUUGAAGUUGAUGUUAUUCUUGUACUUGAUCAAGAACGAUUAUAUAAUGAACUAGUGAGAGAUAUGCCAGUAUUUGUCAAAGUGGUUCUUUUACCAAAAAGUAGAGGAGUAGUUGAAAAGAGUAAUAAGUUUAAAUUGGAAGGUAGAGCAGCACGUAUUCGAGAAUUCUUUUAUGGUAGUCCUAGGAAUGUACUUCAUCCACACACCUGCGUAGUAAGGUUUUCCAACAUAAAAGUAUAUAGAAUUAUACCACCCAUUCCAAAUGUAUUGAUGCCAUUAGAUAUGCAAAAAACUGAUUUUGAGACAAAACUUGAACGUGUUACUCCAGGGCCAAAUAUGAUGUAUCACGUGUUAGCUCCGAGUUUCAGUACAACGGUAGGAGAAAACAUUGUUAAGAAUAGUGUUAUUGGUUUUGUCUGUGUAACAAAUGUUGACACCUCACAACAAAUGUUAACUCUAUUGUCCCCUCAACCAAAACCUCUGCCUGAAAAAAUUUACCUCAUGUCAGAUGUACAGUUCAAUGACAACAAUGCUUGA